AUCCAUUUCUCACUCUUGUCUCAUCAUAGAACUUCUUCCAGACAAUCUCUUCAUCAACCCCCACUGACCCAUCUUUGAUCCCUACUUGACCAUUGUCACCACCAUGGCUCCCGUAGCUGAUACAGAUGUCUCUAUCGAGAGCAUCUCAGCCUACGGCAAAGCCCGUUCCACCGUCAAGGACAAACCUCUCAGUGAUGAGGAACUUAGACUCACGGAUGACUACAUGCGUGCGAGUCUUUACCUAUGCCUCGGCAUGCUUUACCUUCGACACAACCCUCUCCUCAGAGAACCUCUCAAAGUAGAAGACCUCAAGGCCCGAUUGCUGGGACAUUGGGGUUCCGACGCCGGCCAGAUCUUCGUCUAUGUGCACAUGAAUCGACUGAUCAAAAAAUACGGUCUCGAUGCUCUCUUCAUCUCCGGCCCUGGACACGGUGCUCCCGCCGUCAUCUCCCAGUCCUACCUGGAGGGUGUCUACAGCGAAGUCUACCCCGACAAGUCCGAGGAUGUCGAAGGAUUGAGAAAAUUCUUCAAGCAAUUCUCAUUCCCAGGCGGAAUCGGCAGCCACGCCACUCCUGAAACCCCCGGCAGUCUUCAUGAGGGUGGUGAGCUUGGCUACUCAAUCAGUCACGCCUUUGGUGCCGUCUUCGAUCACCCAGAUCUGAUUGCUUUGACCAUGGUCGGUGACGGUGAAUCAGAGACUGGUCCUCUUGCCACAAGCUGGCACAGCACCAAAUUCCUGAAUCCAAUCACUGAUGGUGCAGUCCUACCUGUUCUGCACUUGAACGGCUACAAGAUCAAUAACCCCACAGUCCUUGCUCGUGUUUCCCACAAAGAACUUGAGUCACUAUUCUAUGGCUACGGCUGGACUCCAUACUUUGUCGAAGGAAGUGACCCCGAUACCAUGCACCAGGCAAUGGCUGCCACCUUGGAGAAGUGUGUCCUGGAAAUCCGGGGCUAUCAGAAGAAGGCUCGUGAAUCUGGAAAGGCAUUCCGUCCUUUCUGGCCCAUGAUUGUCCUCCGAAGUCCCAAGGGCUGGACUGGUCCUCGGACUGUGGAUGGCCACUACCUCGAAGGUUUCUGGAGAGCCCAUCAAAUCCCCAUCCCAGAUGUUGCCUCGAGCAAACAACAUUUGAAACUUCUCGAGGAUUGGAUGAAGAGCUAUACCCCGGAGAAGUACUUCACCGAAGAUGGCAAACUGAUUCCGGGACUCAAGAAGCUUGCUCCUGAGGGCAACGCCCGCAUGAGCGCCAACCCCGUCGCCAACGGCGGCCUGAUUAAGAAGCCCUUGAAGUUGCCAGACUUCCGCGACUACAAGGUCGAGGUCAAGCACGGUGGCAAUACCAACGCCCCCAGCAUGUCGAACAUGGCUGUAUUCCUCCGGGAUGUCAUUGCAAAGAAUCAGACCAAUUUCCGUCUCUUUGGACCGGAUGAGACUGAAUCCAACAAGCUUGGAGGGGUUUAUGCAGCAGGCAAGAAGGUGUGGAUGGGUGAAUACUUUGAGGAGGACGCUGAUGGUGGCAACCUCGCCACUGAAGGUCGUGUGAUGGAGAUGUUGAGUGAACACACUUGCGAAGGCUGGCUCGAAGGCUAUGUUCUCUCCGGCCGACACGGCUUGCUCAACAGCUACGAACCCUUCAUUCACAUCAUUGAUUCGAUGGUGAAUCAACAUUGCAAAUGGAUCGAGAAGUGUCUCGAAGUCGAAUGGCGAGCCAAGGUGGCAUCCUUGAACAUCCUCCUGACCGCGACUGUUUGGCGUCAAGACCACAAUGGUUUCACUCACCAAGAUCCAGGCUUCCUCGAUGUUGUUGCCAACAAAUCACCUGAAGUGGUGCGUAUUUACCUCCCUCCAGAUGGAAACUGCCUAUUGUCAUGCAUGGACCAUUGCUUGCGAAGCAGCAACUAUGUCAAUGUAAUUGUCGCCGACAAACAGGAUCAUCUGCAAUACCUUGACAUGGAAGCCGCCAUCGAACACUGCACCAAGGGUGCUGGUAUCUGGGACUGGGCAUCAAAUGAUCAAGGACAAGAACCUGAUCUUGUCAUGGCAUCCUGUGGUGAUGUUCCCACCCACGAGUCGCUCGCCGCCACAGCUCUUCUCCGCGAGUACAUCCCUGAACUCAAGAUCAGAUUUGUCAAUGUGGUCGACCUCUUCAAGCUCAUUCCUCACGGCGACCAUCCCCACGGUCUCACAGACACGGAGUUCUCUGCCAUCUUCACAGACAACAAGCCUGUCAUCUUCAACUUCCACUCUUACCCGUGGCUCAUUCACCGCCUGACUUUCAACCGUAAGGGAUCACACAAUCUUCAAGUGCACGGAUACAAUGAGAAAGGAAACAUUGACACACCACUUGAGCUUGCCAUCCGCAAUAAGACGGACAGGUUCAGUCUGGCUAUGGAAGCUCUGGACAAGAUGCCCAACCUCGGCAACAAGGGCUCAAGUGCACGGGAGAAGCUGCUCAAUGAGCAGAUCAAAUGCAAAAAUGAGGCUUUCCAUGAGGGUAUCGAUCCAGAGUACAUCCGCAAAUGGGUAUGGCCUUUUUAGACAAUUGACGACGUGUUCCGGCAAUGAUUCUAUGAACAAACAAAUGGGAAGGGGGUGCGGUUCCUUGAAAAUGGAGUGUAUUGGCGGGAGGACAUGAACUUGAUAGAGUUUUCGAUCCAUAUGUUAAUGAGAGAGUAUCAUGCUUUAGAUACAGGUCUUUGAGUUCACAAUAAUGAGGCUAAAUGAAAUGACCUUUUGUCUUUCAA